AUGCGGCUCCUACGCCUGGAGCUGCAUCUCGGCCCAGUACCCCGGCUUGUGCAGUUGGCAGAACUGGAAGGUGCCGGCCUCGAGGAGGGCACGCUGCCCAUCCAACGUGUCACGCUGCCCUUGCCGGAUGACGCGCGGGUGCUUGGCUUCAGGUAUUGGGAAGCGACAGAUCCAACCACGGGCUUCGCGGAUCUUCGAGAUAUCCACAUCCUUCUGGAUGUCCAGGGCAAGCUCCAACUGGAGCCCCUUUCGCGCCGAUACCUUCGCUCCAACUCGAUCGAGUUUCCGGGCCACCUGCACUGGAUGCCUCCUGCCCUGGAACGCCUCGAGAAAGAGCCCGAGAACGUUGAUAUCCCCAUGCUGCCUGAGGUCAUCGGGCUGCGGACCAUCCAGAGAAGCGUAGACCACAUCGUGGACUGCGAGUACGCCCACACCUGGACCUGCACCCUCGACGCCGUGAGAAGCCUGACGGGGCAGUCUGCGAUGUUCUGGGCCGAUCUUUUCCUGCUGACUUUCGUGCUGUACUACAUUGACAUCGCGCUGGACCUGAAACAGCUGCGUUUGUUCUGGCAAAACAAACUCUUUGGCUACUUCUUCCUCAACGUCGCCGGCAUGGCGCUACCUCCCGUCUUCACGACGUUGGAGGCG